GCAGUUGUGAAGUGAGCGUACACCACAAGUAGAAAUAAUAAGUACUUCAUACGCAAGUUAACAUGUGCGCAAUGGAAGUUUAUCAGCGGCAUUCCUUCUUGUGCUAGUCACACGUUUCAAUUUUGCUCCCAAGAAAAGUUUGGAAAUUUAUUCGUGUGCAGCGUAAAUAAUAUUUAUAAUCCUCUGUUUUAAAUUGUGAUGAAAAAACCGUCAAUCAGUGGAUUAAUUAAUUGAGGGUAUUAAAAAGGAUCAGUGAGGAAUUCAAAUUGCUGUCAUGUUUCACGUGAAGAUGAUGCGACAAAUUUCAGAAAUUUCUUACGUGGGGGGCUUCAAACUCAUCAGGAUGGCCAGUGGACAGGACAGGGAGGGACAUGUCACCAUCCCCCUUCAGUACAAUGAUUCACACUGGAAGGGGAUCUUCGAGAAGUACGAUCUCGAUGGUGACGGCAAGAUCUCGUAUAAUGAGCUGAAGGCUAUGGUCAGAGGCUCCAGUUAUACUGACGAUCUACCACCUAGGGUGGUGAGACUCAUAAUGCACAAAGCUGAUCUGGAUGAAUCAGGAUAUCUGGAGUAUCCAGAAUUUAUAGCUAUGAUCCAUAGAAAAGACAUGCAGGGUGUAUUUGGGCACUACAUAAGUCGGUAUGUCCACAAAAUGGUGCCAGGCAGACCCAUUCUCUCAACUCAAUUGAGUGCAAGACUGUCAGCGGACCUUCCCGAUGGACAAUACGAGGAGGAAUACAGUUGUAGGCCACCUCCAGUAGCUAUGAUCAUCAUAUCAAUUAUCGAAAUAAUUUUGUAUGUUUACGACAUCGUAACAGCACCGAAGGGUGCAUCACUCAUUGAAAGAUCAGCUGCCGGAUUAUUUAUUUACAAUCCACAUCAGAGAUACGAGGCAUGGAGAUAUCUGACUUACAUGUUUGUACAUGUUGGAGUAUUCCAUUUAGUGGUGAACUUGUUAGUCCAAAUAAUGCUGGGAAUACCUUUGGAGAUGGUGCACAAAUGGUGGCGGGUGCUAAUUAUUUAUCUCGCUGGAGUAGUAGCGGGUUCCCUGGGGACAUCAGUAUCAGAUCCGAACGUCUACCUCGCGGGUGCAUCUGGCGGUGUUUACGCGCUCAUAACAGCCCACGUUGCAACGAUCGUAAUGAAUUGGCAUCAAAUGGAGUUUGCUGUCCUUCAAUUAUGCGUAUUCGUCGUUAUAACGACUGUUGACGUCGGCCAGGCUGUUUAUAAUCGUUACGUACUCGGUACACAGGAUCAAAUAGGGUAUGUGGCACAUUUGACAGGUGCUGUUGCUGGAUUAUUAGUUGGAAUUAAUGUUCUCCGUAAUCUCGAAGUACAAACGUGGGAAAAGGCUGUUUGGUGGGCUAGUAUAUUUACGUACACUGCUCUCAUGACUGCUGCCAUUCUCUGGAAUAUCUUCGGAAUGGAAUAGUUUCUCUCCUUAAAAGAGUGUGUGAUGAAAGAGUAAGAGCUUAUCAAGGAACUGAGUGAAAAUGCCAUUCAAUUUAGUAAACAAUAAUUUUUUAAUAUCUAUAUUGUAUUUAUAUGAAACGAUAGUAAUCCUAUUUCGCCCAGUAUUUCAUUGUUGGCAGCUACGAACAAAUUCUCGAUUCAAUGAACCGAGUGCUAUAUAGGUAUUUUAUAUUUCAGUCUAGUUUAGUACGAAAAUUUUGACAUGAAGUCAUACCACGAGUUCACUCAAACGAAUUAUUAUGUUUAAAACAAAGGACUGUGAGCAUCAGGUAGACUAGAGUGUCAAUUAUUUUUUCGAUAAAUAUACUUUUGUACGCAACAUGUGAAAGAGCAUAUGCAUUUAUUCUCAGACUACAAUUUAGUGCGCUGUAUUUACGGCUU